AUGAAUGUUUACUAUCACUAUGAUGAUGAUUCUGUUGAUUCCGCUCAUUCGAACGACGAUGAGUCGUCACGGAAAAAUUCCAACCGUCUCAAUGAACUCCGUCAUUUCGUCAAACGAAGAAAAAAUUCCAGAAAAGUACCUCCAUAUCAUCAGUUAGCCUAUUCAUUACCAAGUGAAUCAAUCAGCGGGCAUAAAAUUUCAACGGACAGUCAGUUCUUUGAAAUGAAAGAAUGGGAUGAGGAAAACGAUAGAACACCAUCGAGACGUUUUAGUGUUCCAGAAAAGGAUUAUGUGAUACUACGCCAAUCUCGGGAACGUCAGCUGGAGGUUGUUGCUGCAUUUGAUAGGUACACGGAUCCUUAUAAGCAGUAUAUGCAGUCUUUGUUAUGUUACGAUUUAGCACCAAUCCAUGGAUCAACAUUAUUAAUUGACGGUAAUCUUCCAAUGCGUAAAGCGCUGCUGGCUCUUUAUCAAUCGAGACACGAAGCGGCCGUGAUAAUCAAUUCAGUUGCACAUAAACCGGUAGGUAUGAUAACCGUUACCGAUUGUCUUCGUGCGCUUGCCUUUACUCUCAAUAUCGAUUCUGAUAUAGGUGGUCGUCCAGUUCGCGAUUUCAUCGAAGCAUACGGCAAUAAGAAACUUAUCACUGCAACCGUCAAUAUGUCUGUUUGGGAUGUAGCUAGGUUAUUUUGCCUUAAUCAUGUUCAUCGCAUACCUAUAUUUCAAAGUGAUGAAAGCGAUCUAUUCACUGAUAUUCUCUAUAUGCUAUCUUUGCGACGAAUUUUCUGUGAAACUGUUAUCAAAUUGGUAGAGCCAAGUUUUUCAUUGGCUCCUCAUAUAAAGCACCGAACAUUACUCGAUUCCGGUAUUGGUACGUGGAAGGAUGUUGUUACGAUUACAAGUAAUGCACGCUGUGGUGAAGUAAUUGAUAAACUUAUGACAAGGAAAUUAUCAUGCAUUGCUGUCGUUGAUGAGCACAAUAUCGUACUCGGGAAAAUCAACAAAAAUGAUAUCAUGCGUGAACUUGUAGAGCACUCCAAUAAUUAUCUGGAAAUUGUCAAUUUGCCCGUCCAGAAUGUUUAUCGCGUUCCACCGUUUGGUCGUCCAACUCACACUGUUUACGAAGGAAUCGCUUUGUUGUUAUCGUCUGAUGACCAAUGUUUGUUUAUUGUUGACUGCAAUCAACGCGUUAUGGCUGCUGUUGCCUUUGCCGAUAUUAUGAACUAUAUUUUGAAUUCGAGCGACAUUCAUCAAGAAAUCAAUGCUGGCUAA